AUGGCCCGGGCAGACGACGCGGCGGACCGGCGGCGGGUCAUCGGCCAUGGUUCCGUCGACGACGACGGCAAGCCCAAGAGAACAGGCAGGAAAAACAGAUCCGACUCUCCAGAUCAAUCUGGAACGGUGUGGACGGCGAGCGCGCACAUCAUAACUGGGGUGAUCGGCUCCGGCGUGCUGUCGCUGCCCUGGUCCAUGGCGCAGCUCGGCUGGGUCGCCGGGUCGGUCACGCUUUUCCUCUUCGCCGUCGUCACGUACUACACCUCCGCGCUCCUCGCCGACUGCUACCGCUGCGACGACGCCGUCACCGGGAAGAGGAACUACACCUACAUGGAGGCCGUCGAGUCCUACCUAGGUAGCAGGCAGGUGUGGUUCUGUGGCCUCUGCCAGUACGUCAAUCUCGUUGGAACUGCAAUUGGGUACACCAUCACAGCAUCGAUCAGCGCCGCGGCUUUGUACAAGGCCGACUGCUUCCACAAGAACGGCCACUCUGCCGACUGCGGCGUGUACACCACCAUGUACAUGGCCGUGUUUGGGAUCUCCCAGGUCGUCUUCUCGCAGCUCCCCAACCUCCACGAGAUAGCCUGGCUGUCGAUCCUCGCCGCGGUCAUGUCCUUCUCCUACUCCGCGAUCGGCGUUGGCCUCGCCUUGGCACAGACCAUAUCAGGUCCUACUGGCAAGACAACAAUGGGCGGCACUGAAAUUGGGGUAGACGUCACUAAUUCAGCCCAGAAGAUAUGGUUGACGCUGCAAGCGCUCGGCAACAUUGCAUUCGCCUACUCAUACUCCAUGGUUCUCAUAGAAAUCCAGGACACGGUGAAGGCGCCUCCGGCCGAGAACAAGACGAUGAGGAGGGCAAACCUAUUGGGGGUCUCCACCACCACGGCCUUCUACAUGCUCUGCGGCUGCCUCGGCUAUGCCGCCUUCGGCAACGCGGCGCCGGGGAACAUGCUCACUGGGUUCGGCUUCUACGAGCCCUUCUGGCUCAUCGACUUCGCCAACAUCUGCAUCGUCGUGCACCUCAUCGGUGCCUACCAGCUGUACUGCCAGCCCAUCUACGCUGCCGUGGAGAAGUGGGCUGCGGCGCGGUGGCCGGGCUCAGACUUCGUGGUCCGCCAGUACCACCCCUUCGCCGGCGGCAAUUUCAGCGUCAGCAUGUUCAAGCUGGUGUGGAGAACGGCGUUCGUCGCCGUAAGCACGGUCCUUGCCAUUUUGAUGCCCUUCUUCAAUGCCAUCCUUGGCCUCCUUGGCGCGCUCGCGUUCUGGCCGCUCACGGUGUACUUCCCCGUGGAGAUGUACAAACGACAGAGCAAAGUGGAGAGGUUUUCCAAGAAGUGGGUGGUGCUGCAGAGCCUGAGCUUCACGUGCUUUGCAGUGACGGUGGCAGUGACCGUCGCUUCCGUGCAGGGGAUCACCCAAUCACUCAACAACUAUGUGCCAUUCAAGACGAAGCUGUGAAUGAAGUAUAUUACUAGUUGAGAAUAAAUUCAUCAACCUAUGUUUGCGCAAGCCUUUUGUCGAUAAAUAAAAACGUGUGCAUUAUGUCGAUAAAGAAGUACUACUAUGUGUAUGUGUUGUUGCUUACCAAAACUUCUAUUGAGAGGCUUGAUAAACAUAGACGUCGUUCUUUCUCGAAAGGGGGGAGUGAUA